AUGGAUUACUGCUGGGGUGAGUCGGAGGGAUAUCUCUGUUAUGAGGUCAUUGAGGAGCUGCCGGUGCCGGAGAAGCUCCAGGUGGAUGAAUUAAUGAAAAACCCUCAGAGAUGCAUGAAAGAUUGGAUGGAUAAGGCCGAGCAUGAUUGCAAGUAUCCGUCAUUCCUGAGUCGGGAUCCAAUGAAUAUCAGCAAGCUUCGAACCCUGAUCGAUGAAGCAACGAUCGCCGGCAAACGACUCCUCAAGCACCGUCGGUACUCGAGGGACUGUGUUAUCUUCCACCGGAAAUUCAAUGUGUGA